GUAACAUCUGUGCGUCAUCCGGCGCCAACAUCUUCAGGCAUCUCGAAAUCAAUAUCCAAGCUUCGACACCCAGUCUACCAGGCCGCUUUCAACAUCCACACGCUGAAGCAAGCAGGAGAACAAGCUGCUCUUGCUCUCACACUGGACUCGCUUGGCACUGAUGUGUGCUGUGUCUCGGAAACACGAAUUCAAGAUGCAAGCACAGUGGUUGAGCUAACCACCCCGUCACUCUCCACUCGCUUCCGGCUGCGCAUCUCUGGUGAUGCGGAGGCUGCUGCGGUGGGAUACGCACCGCAAGUGUGCACCGUCCCAAGUCACCGGGCGGAAGUAUCCUUACUUGACUGGAUACCCGUUCAUAAUCGACCCUAUGCACUUCGUCUGGCAAAACCGAAGCGUCCCGUGCCAUUUGCUGCCCUCGCAACUGUGGAGAAUGAACUUGUUCGUCUCCAGCAAUCCGGAGUUAUCCAGCCAGUAAACCAUUCAUCAUGGGCAGCUCCCACUGUUGUCAUCAAAAAAGCAAAUGGCAAGGUGCGCAUAUGUGCUGAUUAUUCCACUGGAUUAAACGCCGUGUUAGACUCUCACCAAUAUCCAUUGCCGGUACCAGAAGAUCUGUUCACCAAGCUCAAUGGUGGAAGAUGUUUCGCAAAACUGGAUCUUGCUGAUGCUUACCUUCAGAUAGAAGUCUCUGAUGACUCCAAAGAACUUCUGACAAUUAACACACAUCGCGGUUUCAAUUUAACCGUUUGCCGUUUGGGGUAA